AUGUCGGGUCCAAUGGGUGUUCCAACUCAGCACGUUUCAACAAAAUCAUCCUCCUCCCGACAACGACCAGCGGCCCUCUCCAAAACGCCAUCGUCACGCUCAAAAGCAACAGUAUCGACUCGAAAUAACAUUGAAAAGGACAUGUCGUCCUUGAAGCCCUCCAAAAAUGGCUUGCUUCAGGCUCCAGACCUCACCGCCGCCUCCCUCGCCACAACCAAGGAAAUGACAAUAGAAAAGAAGAAAACUACGGACCUUUCUAUUCCAAAUGGGGGUCGUAAGAUUGCAUCCAACUCGCGCAUCAGACGAGAUGAACAGAACAAACGGGAUAUGUAUCUUGCAUUUGUGAACAACGCGCUCAAAGCCAAAGUCCUAGGUAAUUCUGGUCCAUUUGACGAGCUUGUGGCGCAAUUUUCCACCACCCAAGCAGAUUAUUCCCAACUCAAACGUUGGAUUCUCGCCCUAUCACAUGUCGUUUCCCAAAUAGAUAAGCGACAUGCAGCGCUGGUAGAAGCCCUCGUCUACAUGCCAUGGACGACAAACCACGACGAGGCAUUUGUAAAGUGCUACAUCAGUUUCAUUGGAAUGCUGGUUAGUGCGCGCACAGAGUGGCUUUCGAUUGUUGUCGCGAGUGCUGCUCGUCGGCUGACCCAUCAUUGCCCAUUGAACGCACCCCCCCGAGCCUCACAGUCGACUCCGACUCCGACCCCUGUACCACUCAGGAGUGUGUUCAAUCGCGUACACCUUCUCAUUCAGAGCUUGCUCGAAUUAUUCCCAACUUUGCCGGCAACUCUGCCUACCCAUCUCCUCCGUCACUUCCCACACAAGGCUCAGUCUACCACCAGUCUUACAGUCUACUGCAAAAACUUGGUCGAGAUCAUGAGCUAUUGUUCUCAGCUUGUCGAGCCAGUCCUGUCGCUCAUGAUUGAGCGUGCUGUCGGUAUAGACGUCGAGAUUCAAGUGGAGUUAGAGGAGCUAGAGGAACUCACCGCAUCAAACGAAUCGAGUGGAGCCGUUCAGUCAGGAACCGGCCUUCUCGCUGACUUCGAUCCAUUCGACAUUCUAGCGGGCCAAGAAUCCGACUCUGACGAUGAAGAAGAUGGAGAGGAGGAAGCAAUGGCGAAGCUGCAGAAUAUCGAUACCUUUAGCGACGUCUCAUCAGAGGCGGAUAACGACGAGCGGGAUGACGACGUGGUCGAUCCAAAAGAGGCGGAGAAGCGCGCUCUUAGAGUGAAGGAGAUGGUCGCCAAGCUAGACGGGAUGAUGAACAUUCUCCUCCGGUGGCUCGAAAAGACGACGCCAGAGCCAUCCGACGGUUCAGCUGCCACCCAGCAUCCACACUUCGUUACACUCCUAGCCAUCUUCGAUCGUAUUAUCCUGACGACUUUCAAAUCACGUUACACCCAAUUUCUCCUCUUUUACAUUGUCUCCUCACCCUGGGCCCAGUCAACGCUCGUGUCCAACGAAUCAGCACCACUACAUACCCAAGUACAGCAGAACCCGCCUAACGCUCACGCCGACAUUUUCCUAGGAUCCCUGCUCCACAACGCGCUGGUUCCUCAAACCCCUCCAAUUCCCAUGCUCACUCGCAUUGCUUCCGCCGCCUAUCUUUCCAGCUUUGUCUCACGCGCGCUGUGUAUCGGGAAGGAUGAUUGUAGAAGUGUCGUCAUCGUUUGCUGUCAGUGGGCUGAUGGUCAUAUGGAAGAGCUCGAAGCCCUCAUGUCGGGAAGUUCCGCCCCGCUGGAUGCGGCGACCGUCAAUGCUCACGACGAACUGGGCGUCUUCUACGCGGUGGCUCAAGCAAUAUUUCUCAUCUUUUGCUUUCGCUGGCGAGACCUGUUGGAGCAGUCGACAGAGGACGACCCAGACGAGGCUGAGGAGGCACCCAAAAAGUGGAUCCACGAACUCAAUGUCGUACAACGGCUCAUCACAAGCCCUCUCAAUCCUCUCAAGAUCUGCUCCCCCAAUGUCGUUCAUCAAUUUUCACGAGUAUCGGAAAAGGCGGGGUUUGCCUACUGCCGAUCGAUUAUUGAAGGCAACAAGCGAUCACUGAGUCUAAUGACCUCUCAGCCGGCUCUCGCUCUCGCGCCACUCACGCCUGUGGGUGACUCCUCGAAUGGCAACCUAGCCGCGUCUGGAACACCUCUCAAUGCAUGGAACUCAUCUGCUGUCCUCUCUGUCAUGACAGACCUUCAAGCCUUCUUCCCAUUCGACCCGUACAGACUUCCCACUAGCAGCAAAUGGUUCGAAGGGACCUAUCGUGAUUGGUCAAUGGUCGCAAUCGAGGACGACGAGGAAGAAGAAGAGUCUGAUGAUGAGGAAGAGAAUAUUCUGGCUGUUGGAUCUGCCCCUCGAGGUGGCGAGGGAGACUCUGAUAACCAAGAAGAGGAGAAUUCGGAGAGCUCGGACGAAGGCUCGGAUGAAGAUGCCACUUAUGGUGUCGCAAUGGAACUUGGAUCCGUUCGGGAACGCGGAAAUACGCUAGAAAGACUCCAGGUUGCAGAAUCCUUUGGCCAAAUGAGUAUCAGUCCCGACGUUGGUGGUAUCCACCGAUCGUCGCGAGGGUAA